UGCUUGACAAGUGACAAAUAAGUACCUGAUUGAUUUUCUAUUGAUCAACUAAUCAAGAACUUCAGUUUUUAGUCUGAAAUGUUGUCACUAAAUGCGAUUAAAUACUAGUUAUGUAUCAGAAAAUGAUGCAUCUGCAGCUCUGUUGAUUUUAUAGAAUUCAAAAUAUCUGUUCUUGUUGCUUUAUAGUUCAAUUCAGCUUUAUUUAUAUGGCACCAAAUCACAACAUGACUGAGAAAUAAGUUACUGAUUCAGUCGCUGUUAAUCAACUCAUCCACAAGUCUGAGUUUUAAUCUGAAAUGUUGUCACUAAAUGCGAUCAAACACUAUUUAUGUAUCAGAAAACAGCUCUGUGGAUGUUGAUUUUUGCACAAUCCUCAAUAAAAUCUGUCAAUUUCCAGCUCCUUACAGUUUGUCUCUCUCGAGUUUUGCCACAAAUAGAAGCAACGACUUUAACGCGACCUCUUUAUGGCAGCUCAUGACUCCAAAACUGUUUACAUAAAUAGUCCGUCCGGUGUUUUAUACCCUCGCAGGGCCGAUCAAAGGUCGCUGCAGGUGCUGAGGCAGGUGAUUGUCUCUGGGUGGAGCCUUUCUGCUGCCGCCAGCUGAGCUGCAGCUGCAGGUUCUGCUGGGAGUCGACCACUGCAGCCUCGGCGCGCCUGGGAAGCACUUUGUCCUGCCGGAGCUCGAACACCCACCGGAGCCAAGAUGCCCAAAACGGUCAAUGUUCGCGUCACCUCGAUGGACGCGGAGCUGGAGUUUUCCUUCCAGUCCCAAACCACCGGAAAGCUGCUCUUCGACCAGGUCACCAGAACCAUCGGCCUGCGUGAGGUCUGGUACUUCGGGCUGCAGUAUGUCGACAACAGAGGAUUCCUCAGGUGGCUCGACUACGACAAGAAGGUGAUGCUUCAGGACAUGAAGAAGGAGUCGCCGCUGCAGUUCAAGCUGCGGGUGAGGAUGUACCCGGAGGACAUUUCCGAGGAGCUGAUCCAGGACAUCACCAGGAAGCUCUUCUUCCUGCAGGUGAAGGAGGACAUCCUGUCCGACCACAUCUACUGUCCCCCGGAGUCGGCCGUCCUGCUGGCUUCCUGCGCCGUCCAGGCCAAGUUCGGAGACUACGACCGAGAGCUUCACCCGCAGGGCUACCUGCACUCUGAGCGCCUGCUGCCCAAGAGAGUUAUGGAGCAACACAAGCUGUCCAAGGAGCAGUGGGAGGAACGAAUCCAGAGGUGGCACGAGGAGCACCGGAGCCUGCUGCCGGAGGACGCCAUGAUGGAGUACCUGAAGAUCGCUCAGGACCUGGAGAUGUACGGCGUCAACUUCUUUGAGAUCAAGAACAAGAAGAAAACCGACCUGUGGCUCGGCGUCGACGCUCUGGGAAUCAACAUCUACGCCAAGGACGACAGGCUGUCUCCAAAGAUCGGAUUUCCCUGGAGUGAAAUCAGGAACAUUUCUUACGAUGGAAGGAAAUUCCUCAUCAAGCCGAUAGACAAGAAAGCUCCUGAUUUCGUAUUCUACGCUCCCCGCCAGCGAAUCAACAAGCGCAUCCUGGACCUGUCCCAGGGCAACCACGACAUGUACGUCCGCCGCCGCAGAGCCGACACCAUCGAGGUCCAGCAGAUGAAGGCUCAGGCCCGACAGGAGCGGCUGCAGAAGAAGAUGGAGAGAGACCAGCUGGAGAGCGAGAGGAAGAAGAGGGAGGCCAUGGAGACGGAGAAGUUGCAGAUGGAGAGAGAAAAGAUCGAGCUGAUGAUGAAGCUGAACCAGUUCGAGGAGACGACCAAGAGAGCAGAGAGAGAGCUUCAGGAGCAGCUGGACCGGGCCAUGAGGCUGGAGGAGGAGAGGAGGAGGGUGGAGCAGGAGGCGGCCCGGCUGGAGACUGAGAGGAUGGAGGCCAUUAUAGCCAAGGAGGAGCUGGCCAGGCAGGCGGAGGACCAGAUCAAGAGCCAGGAGCAGCUGGCUGCAGAGUUGGCCGAGUACAGCGCCAAGAUCACGUUGCUGGAGGAGGCCAAGAGAAGGAAGGAGGAGGAGGCUGAGACAUGGCACAGCAAGGCUGUCGAGGUGGAGGAGAGUCUUGUGAGGACCAAGGAGGAGCUGCACAUCGUGAUGACCUCCAACGUCUCGGUUCCAGCUCCCGUCGUCGUCGUCGCCGCCGCCGGCUCCGGCUCCGGCUCCAGGUCCAGGUCCGGCUCCUCCUCGUCCUCCGACAGCGAGAGCGACCACGAGCGCAACGACCAUGAGCGCAACGACCAUGAGCACAGCGACCACAACAGCGACCAGAACAGCGACAAGAACAGCACCUACAGCGCCGAGCUGCAGUUGCAGGGCAUCAACGACCACGAGGAGGAGGAGCGGGUGACCGAGGCCGAGAAGAACGAGCGCCUGAGGAGGCAGCUGAUGGAGCUGAGCUCGGACCUGGCAGAGGCCCGGGACGACAACAAGAAGACCCGGUACGAUCUCCUCCACGCCGAGAACGUCCGAGCCGGCCGCGACAAGUACAAGACCCUCCGUCAGAUCCGCAUGGGCAACACCAAGCAGAGGAUCGACGAGUUUGAGGCCUUGUAGGAACCCCAAAGACCUGAGGACGCCCCUCGAACACCUCACCAAGGCCCCAUUCGGCAUAUUUUAAUUACAGGGUGACGUAAUUACAGCCGCACGUGUGAUCUUAAAAGACCCAGAAAAGCAAGAAACCCGUUAAAAUGUAAAGCUGGAUGGGUUUGUCCCUCUGUAUGAACAAAGCUGGUACUCUAGAAAUCAUAAAUGUUCUGAUAAACAAUUUGGCUUUGCAGUUUUAUUAUUAGCUGAGGUGGUAGAACUUUAUUUAAUGAGUCCCCCAUGUCGCAAACAUCUCAUGAUGUUAAUUUUGUCAAUAAAAUUGAACAAAAAUGGCCAAAACGUGCUCCUAAAAGGCAGAUGGUAACAUCUUCAUACAUGCUGAAUAUGGCCUGACAACUGACUCAAAACGAUCAUAAGAUUAAUGUUCUGUUAAUAAUCUGUUAAUUCUUUCACCUCUACUGCCUUGUUCACCUGUUUUCUGUGCAUUUAAAUAACAAUGCAGCUUAUUUCACUGGCUUUAAUGUGCUUAUAUCCUCACGUAAUGUUUAAAAUCAACUGGUUUUAUGAUUUUACAUGUAUGUACGCAGGCGAAUCUCAUCUCAUCAUACUGUCCUGUUUAUAUAGUGUCAUUACUUCAGUGCUGCUUUUCUGCAAAGUUAGAGACAAAUAAUACAAACCCAACGGCCAAAGCUGAAGCUGGAUCCUACAUUUCCCAUAAUGCAGCUUAUUUGUGUCCCACUCGCCUAAAUGUUGCUUCUGUUCAAACCCUUUGCUUCAUUAUGUAACUUAAGGUUUCUGUUUUGAUUUUUUUCCCCCCAUCGUUGUUUAAUGUCCUCCAGGGCCACAGAAUACGUGACAGCUAAAUGCUCGGUGGUGAACUGAAUUGCGUUCAUAAAAAUCUGUGGAUUGCCACUUUAACUUAAACAUUAACUGACCUUCACCUGGUGCAGCUUCAUGUUCAGGCAGAAGAACAAUUAAAGACACUCUUUGAGUAUGAUGUCACUUG